UAUGAGUUAGAAAAGGUGAUAAGAGUAGGAGUUGAUAAGAAAACUGUGAUUUAGUAAGUAGUUAAACAAAUAUGACUGUGACGUAUACGAAAGAAGUUGCAACUUGUCGUGGCUUCUCCUGCUUUUUAAAAUUAUUACUAAAAUGGAAGGGAAGUAUUUACAAACUUGUCUACAAAGAAUUGCUAGUUUUCUUGUUUAUUUAUUACUUCUUAAAUCUCACGUAUAGAUACAUCUUGGGCCCGAUCGGUCGUGAAAUGUUUAUCCAAAUCGUUCAGUAUUGUAACGCCAGCACGAAUUACAUCCCCCUUUCUUUCGUUUUGGGAUUUUAUGUUUCGAUCGUAAUGGCCCGUUGGUGGGACCAGUACCGUUCAAUUCCCUUCCCGGACUCUACCGCAGUCUACGUGAGCGCGACAAUUCACGGCCAAGACGAACGCGGCCGAGUCAUGCGACGAACAAUAAUGCGUUACGUUUGUCUCUCUGUCACAAUGCUCUUCUCCAAUAUUUCCCCCAAAGUAAAAAAACGAUUCCCAACUCUGGAUCAUUUGCUGAAAGCUGGUUUGCUUGAAGAGAGCGAGAAGAAAGUGAUCCAAGGAUUGAACCAGAAGUUUCCUUCUUAUUCCAAACACUGGCUGCCACUAGUUUGGGCUUCGAGCAUCGUGACGCGAGCUCGCAAAGAAGGCCGGAUUCGGGACGAUUUCGCCGUCAAGACGAUGCUUGACGAAAUCAAUGCGUUUCGCGGAAAAUGCGGGAUUUUGAUCAAUUAUGACAGGAUUAGCAUUCCGCUGGUUUACACCCAAGUGGUCACUUUGGCUGUUUACACUUAUUUCCUCUCGGCUUUAAUGGGACACCAGUGUGUCGCAGGACACGGAUAUGUUUUUGACAGUUAUUUCCCCCUUUUCACACUCUUGCAGUUCUUUUUCUAUAUGGGGUGGUUGAAAGUUGCCGAAACUCUGAUCAACCCUUUCGGAGAUGACGACGAUGACUUUGAACUCAACUGGAUGGUUGACAGGAAUUUGCAGAUUUCGUAUUUAAUCGUCGACGAAAUGCAUCAUGAACACCCGGAGUUGAUCAAAGACCAUUAUUGGGACCAAGUUCUCCCGGAGGAAUUGCCCUACACCCCGGAAACCGAACAGUACCGCGAAAUGCACCCUUUACCCUCCACGGCGAAUUUAAUGUCAAAACACGAGGACGAUCUCAUUGGAGGUUCCUCGUACCGAAUCUACGCUUCGUCCAACAACUUGAGGAAAAGAUCAAAUUCGGUUGUAAGUCUUUUACGCAAAAUUGUGAGAAGUGACAGUACUUCGAACGAUUCGGAACAAGAAAUGUGGGAGACAAUACCAAAGAAAAAACUCGAGGAGGUCAUUGAAGAAGUCGACGAGCAACUGACGAUCAUGUCUUUGCGCGAUAAUGACCAAAAGCGGCCCCACAUUCAGGAUAUUUUUAAACAAACUCAACCUCUCGACAGUUCCCAAAACGCAGCUCCCUCAUUCGACUCGUUAAAGCAAAAGCGAGAAGAAGAAAGAUUACGGAGAUUCAGGCGUAAUUUGGCACACUAUCUCGAGCAAAAGGACUCAACGUGACCAAUUUUGAUAAUUAAAUAAAUUAAAUUAAGUUCAAGUAAA